GGGCCGUCUAAAAUUUUCACAAUGCCAAAGUCAACAGCCUUUUUUUGAGCAGAUAAAUCGAAAUUAAUCAAUCUAAAUAACGCUUUACGCUAUACGCACUUCUCUCCCAAUUUAAACCGUCUUUUUACGUUUAAACCCGAUAAAGUUACGACUUUUGGCUGUUGAAAGUGUGGCAAAGUGUUUGAUGACUUGCAAGUGGGGACCGUGGGCCUGGAUAACGACCACCCCAGCGAAGUCCCACGGGAAAACUCCGGCCGACUUGCUGCACGGUUCCCUGCGCCUGGCACGCCUUUCAUCACGUCGGCCACUCUCUAAGUUGCCUGGCUGUCGAUAAACCGUGAUCAGUUCGUCCACUUUUUUCCGAAUCCAAACACCAUCGCCAGCGUUUCCAUCGUCGCCAGAUCAUCUAUUACAAAGGCUCUUCCUGUGGUUUUUCGAAGACUUUUUUUUGAUGCUUGACGCUUCCACCGAAAAUUUGCCAUCGCAAAAGACAAAACAACCAUCGAACUUCCCUUCAUUCAGCCUUGCCAAUUCUUGACUGCGACUUUGCGACCGACUCCUUCCACACAUCUCACAAUACAGCACCAUGUCUGACGCUGGCUCUCCGCCCCAGGAGCGCAGGGAUGACGCCUCCGUGGACUCGCACGAUGGUGCCGGUGAUGCGGGCAACGAGUCCGAUGACAUUCUUUCCGAAAUCGACGAAGGCGAGUUCGAGCACUAUGAACCCGACAUGGAGAAAAGACAGACGUCCAACAUUAUCAUCGACGAGAAUAUUACCAAGGGACUUAAAGCCAGCAGAAGGAAGAUCACCGACAGCGAGACCAACAAGAAACCUAAAGAAGGCCGCAGGCCAAAAAAGCGGACAAGAGGAGAGGAUGAUGACGACCUGGAUGCGAAUGACAUUAUCGAGGAUGGUGACCGUCGACCGCGCAAGGCGCGCGCAGGUGAAUCGGGCCGCCGAUCAGGCAAGAAGGAGGCUCCCAGGCAAGAAGAGAUUCCAGAGGAGAAUCUCACACCAGAGGAGAGGCGGCGUCGGGCACUCGAGCGUGCCAUGGAUGCCGCUCUCAAACCCACUACCAAACGGAGACGCAAGAAGGAUGAUAUCGAUCUCGAGGACGAAAUCGAUGAACAAAUUGCCAAUCUCAAAGUCGCCAUGGAAAACGCCUGUGUGGCUGACAACAAAGCCCGUGAGGAUGGCAUUGCGGCCACCCACAAGCUUCAACUUCUCCCUCAAGUCACAGCGCUUCUCAACCGGACAGCCGUUCAAGAUUCUAUUCUCGACCCUGAAACCAAUUUCCUCCAGGCUGUCAAAUACUUCUUGGAGCCCCUGAACGACGGCAGUCUCCCCGCUUACAAUAUUCAGCGCGACAUCUUCAACGCUCUCACCAAGCUUCCAGUCAACAAAGAGGUGCUUCUCAGCAGCGGCAUUGGCAAGGUAGUUUACUUUUACACCAAAAGCAAGCGACCCGAGAUUGGCAUCAAGCGCAUUGCAGAGCGUCUUGUGGGUGAAUGGAGUCGUCCGAUCCUGAAGAGGACUGAUGAUUACAAGAAACGCCAGAUCGAGACUCGCGACUUUGACAUUGCUGCGGCCAAAAUGGCUCAGCGUCAAGAAACAGCGAUGGGUAGCUCCCAGAUUACGCUUACCCAGCGACCAGCCGGCAAUAAGUCCCGGUUCGAGCUCGAGCGCGAGAGACUUCUUGCGCCCGAGACCAAGACCAACCGCGCGCAACCUGCUGGUCUGCCUACCAGCUACACUAUUGCUCCACGCAGCACAUACGAUGGGUCGGCUCGGUCGAGCGAACACAGGCCCAUUGGUGCUGGUGGCAUAGAGGCGUUUAGGAAGAUGACGCAGAAGAAUAAGGGGAGGAAAGCUUAGGCCGAGCGUCUGAAAGAGGUUGGCAGUGGGGGUGGUAAAGGCUGCAAAGGCGCGCAUCUGCAUUUUCAGCCUAGGUAGGUAUGUGUCUACCACAGCAUUCGGUGUUUUAUUCCUUUUCCGCGAAGCAAAUUGAUAAAGUCGCGGCCGUUAGGAUUUUGUGUAUUCAUGAUAAUGUAAAAAAAAGUAAAAGCCAGGGACGGUGGAGGCAGAAGAACCACGGAAAUUAGAACCUGUUGGGAGUUUGGAGAAGGGUUGAUCAGUCGGCGUUGCGACUUUUGAGAUUGAACCGAGAGGAAAUAAAUAAUAAUGCAUUUAUCCAUC